AUGAUACACAGUUUUUGCGCGGAUAUUUGGAUGACACCAAAGUUCAUUACUAAAAGUAGUGCGAGUCAGUGACUUUUUGUCUCAUAGCCUAAAUUAAUAAGAAAAUAGCACUAGCCAUAGGAGAUCUAUAUAAAAGCAACCCCAACCCCCCCUCCCACCAUCCAUAUGAUAAUAUCUCACUAGCUAAAAAAGUUGAUGCUUAUCUAUAUGCAUAUGGAGCAUGGGCCCCCCAUCUGACAAUUUUGUGAAUAGAUAUAAAACAUGCAGCAUUAACAGAUAAAUAGUAGUGUAUUUGAUACAUAGCAUGCUUAAGUGGAAGGCGACACGAAAUAUAAUACAAACCCAAAUUUAUACUAGUUGUCAUCCCCCUAAUCGUAUAAGUACCUUUUUAUGGGCACGAAUAUAAAUCAUGCCCCAUUGGGAUUAGUGUUGAGAGGUCUUGAUCAACAAAUUAAAGCCAUGCAAAAAAUAAAGAUCAGAUGCUGUUCACUUAGACAACUCUUGAGCAUAAAAGCUUUAGAUCAAUCUUAUUCUCUUGGAGUGCUAGUGGGGGUAUAAACAUAAAGCUUCUAUCUCCAACUAUUUCAUCAUCAUGGCUUCUUACUGCUGUACCCUAUGAUCGUAUCAAUCAUCCCAUUUAUAUAUUUCUUCUCUUCUCUGCAAUAACAAAAAAACAACCACCUCCCUCUUUGACAACAAAAUAUAAUUCACUUGGGAACUGUUCUUAAUAUAUGGCUCCUCAGAAAGUUAUGAUCCUUCUUGUAUUCUUGCUUACCAUGUCCAGCUUUUGUCAAGGGAUUAUAAAUGACCAGUCUCAGUUCUUUGCUCUUUUGAAGAAGUCUGUCAGUACAGGGAACUCCUCCUUGUCUGAAUGGGAUGGAAAACCUAUUUGCAACUAUAGUGGAGUUGGUUGUGAUGAUCAGGGGAAUGUUACCAAGAUUGAUCUUUAUGGAUGGUCACUAUCUGGCUUAUUUCCUUAUGAUGUGUGUUCUUUCCUGCCAGGGUUGCGCAUUCUUCGUCUUGGUCAUAACAAUUUCCAGGGUACCUUCCCUAGCAGCAUUUCUAAUUGUUCUCUCUUGGAAGAGCUGAAUAUGGUUUCCACAUCCUUUACGGGACCACUUCCAGACUUUUCACCUUUGCAAUCUUUGAGGUUACUUAACCUUUCAUAUAACCACUUCACAGGUGAAUUUCCUUUGUCAAUUAUCAACCUCACAAAUCUAGAGUUGCUGGACUUCAAUGAGAACCGUGAUUUCAACCCAUGGGAACUGCCAGAAAACAUUUCAAGGCUGACUAAACUCCGGUGGAUGGUCUUAACAGCUUGCAAGUUACUUGGAAGAAUCCCGGCAUCAAUAGGAAAUAUGACAGCUCUUGUAGAUCUUGAAUUAAGCGAGAAUCGUUUAACUGGUCGGAUACCAAGAGAGCUGGGCCAGCUGAAGAAGUUGAAAAUGCUUGAACUUUACUACAACCAACUUGAGGGUGAAAUACCUGAGGAGCUUGGAAAUCUGACUGAACUCGUGGAUUUGGAUAUGUCAGUCAACAGAUUGGCAGGCAAAGUUCCAGAAUCUAUAUGCCGCCUACCAAAGCUGCAAGUGUUGCAGCUAUAUAACAACACUCUUUCAGGAGACUUUCCUGCCUCCCUUGCAAACUCAACAACCUUAACCAUUCUAUCACUUUAUGAUAAUUACUUGACAGGGGACGUCCCACAAAAUUUUGGUGUUUCAUCAUCGUUGCUAGCAUUGGACUUGUCAGAAAAUUACUUAUCUGGACAACUACCAGCUCAGCUGUGUCACGGAGGUAAGUUGAUGUACAUUCUUUUACUCCAAAACAUUUUCUCUGGAGAACUACCAGAAAACUAUGCGAAAUGUGAGACUCUAAUCCGCUUCCGAGUUAGUGAAAAUCAUUUGGAGGGAAGAAUACCAGAAAUGCUUCUUGCUCUUCCACAUGCUUCAAUUAUUGACCUGAGCUAUAACAAUCUAACUGGUCCAAUCCCCACAACGAUCAGAAACGCUAAGAACUUGUCAGAGCUUUUCAUGCAGAGUAACAGGCUUUCUGGCACACUUCCUCGUGAAAUUUCAACAACUUCCAAUCUAGUGAAGAUUGAUCUCAGCAAUAACCUCCUGUCUGGACCCAUUCCUUCAGAAAUUGGUAACCUCAAAAGACUAAAUUUGUUGAUCUUACAAGGUAACAAAUUAACUUCUUACAUUCCUGAGACUCUUUCUUCACUUGACUCUCUCAAUUAUCUUGACCUGUCAAACAAUUUUUUGAUGGGGAAGAUUCCUGAAACCCUUGGUGAACUGCUACCAAAUUCCAUGAACUUGUCAAACAAUUUGCUUUCUGGUCCUGUACCUCCCUUAUUUAUAAAGGGAGGUGUCCUGGAAAGUCUUUCGGGCAAUCCAGGACUCUGUCUUCCCCCUUUUCUGAGUUCGUCUGGCAAAAGUUUUCCUUUAUGUCCACAAAGUUAUGACCGGAAGAAAAGAAACCUUAUUUGGGUUAUUGGGAUAUCAUUGGGACUUGUAAUUCUAGGACUUGUGCUGUUCCUCAAGCGGUGGUUUCGUAACAAAAGGACCGCGAUGGAACAUGAGGAAUCCUUGUCGUCGUCAUUUUUCACCUAUGAUGUUAAGAGUUUCCAUCGCUUGAGUUUUGAUGAACGUGAAAUUUUUGAGGCCAUGAAUGAGAAAAACAUUGUUGGAUACGGAGGGUCUGGAGCUGUCUACAGGGUUGACUUAAGUCAUGGGGGAGUCGUUGCGGUAAAGAAGCUGUGGAGUCACAAACACAAGCAUUCUGUUUCAGAGAAUCAACUAGUUUUGAACAAGGAACUCAAAACCGAGGUUGAAACUCUUGGAAACAUUAGGCACAACAACAUUGUGAAGUUAUACUGCUUUUUCUCUAGUUUGGAGUGUAGUUUGUUGGUUUACCAGUACAUGCCAAAUGGGAAUCUUGGGGAUGCUCUUCAUGGAGGAAAAAUCCUCUUGGAUUGGCCUAUUCGUCAUCGGAUUGCACUGGGCAUAGCUCAAGGGUUGGCCUACCUUCACCAUGAUCUUUUGCCACCAAUAAUUCACAGAGACAUCAAAACAACCAACAUCCUCCUGGACGUCGAUUACCAGCCAAAGGUUGCAGAUUUCGGAAUAGCCAAAGUUUUGCAAGCCAGAGGAGGGAAAGAUUGCACUACCACACUUAUUGCAGGGACAUGUGGUUACUUGGCUCCAGAAUAUGCAUAUUCUUCCAAGGCGACGACAAAAUGUGAUGUGUAUAGCUUUGGAGUAGUUUUAAUGGAACUGAUCACAGGGAAGAAGCCAGUUGAGGCAGAAUUUGGGGAGAACAAGAACAUUGUUUUCUGGGUAUCAACCAAGGUGGACACAAAGGAAGGAGCAUUUGAGGUGUUAGACAAAAGAGUGUCAGGAUCAUUCAAGGAAGAGAUGAUUAAGGUUCUUCGAAUUGCAGUACGUUGCACAUAUAGUUCAGCAGCCGACCGUCCUACCAUGAAUGAAGUUGUUCAACUGCUAACUGAGGCACAACCUUGCACAUACUACGAUUCUUGUAAACAAGCCAAUGGACAUACCUGAUUUCUGAUUACAACAAUUUUUGUUUGUUUAGGAAAAGCCCCUAGCUCGCUAACCGUAUGCUCUAAGAGAAUCAGUCUCUCUCUCUCUCUCUCUCUCUCUCUCUUCUAACAAAAAGUUAACAUAGGUUCUCUUUAUCUUCUUUCUUUCCUUUAUACUAUUGUCUUUUUGCUUUCUAUUUUUUGGCCUGUUUGAUACUUUAUGAAUAUAUACAACUUCUUUAUGACAACA